AUGGACGCUCUAGCUGGGCAAGAGCUACGAUGCACAGAGUGCAUCAGUAACGACAUAGCGGUGAUACGAAAGUCCGUGAUAGCCAACGAGGCCAAAAAUAAUCAAAUGAGAGAUCAGAUUGACGAGGUAUUUGAAUUGUGUCGCAUUAUUCAGAAGGCUGGUCCUUCAGCAGUAAUAGAUAAGAAAGAGGAGAGCUCCACAUCGCCCCGGAGAGACCUUCCGCAAGAUUCCAACAUGUAUACCAUCAAACAUCUUGCGUUUCAUCUUCAAAAGCUAGCAAUUCUCAAUGCUAAGCUCAAACAAAGAGACAUGGACCAUUACAGGAAAAUACUAGAGAAGAAGAUCUCAUUGCUCGAAAGUAAGGUCGAAAAGGCUCAGCAGAAUCUAACGAGUCGAAGAGAUCUACUAGACCAAAAGCAAGCCUUCAUUGAGUCUCUGCAUCGGGAGUUGUCAACGAUGUAUAAUGAACGCAUUCUCCGAUAUCAACUGGAGGAUGCAAGAAGGGUCUCCAGACAAGCUUCAAUCCUUCAAUAUGACCACUAUAAAGUUAUACGCCAAGUUGCCUUUCAAAAAUUCGACGCAUGGCUGGCCCAUAAAACAAAUCCAAACGGUCCUCCCAUCAAACUUGACUUCUAUGGCCAAUCGAUAAUACCGUUGGAGUCGUUCCUACUGCACAACAACAAGCUCAUCGCCAUAAACAUAUUCCUAGAGAACAUGAUACGGUUCCAAAUUCUUUUGAAGCAGAUUUUGAAUGAGAAUGGGUCAUCCAUUGAUCUUCCAUUUGUAUCACACCUCGAGCGACAAUUGCCGGAUGAGGGGUUCUAUGCUCAGGUUCAGGAGAAGAUCAACUUUCUUUUGCACGAAUCGGAUAAUCUGGAAUACGCUGAUCAGCCUGAAGAGGUAUUGAAUGGUGUAGACGAUGAGAAAGAAAGGCAUGAUGUACAGAACACUGACAAGAUAGUUGUAAAGGACAAUGUUAUACAGGUACCAUUGUCUUUCAAGACUGCCAACUUCCAGCGAAGAGCAUCAACAAAAUCCAACUCUUUGGAGUCGCCGGUUUCGGCGGAUCAAGUCCGACCGGAGAUGUUUCUGGCAACACCUGAACCGUCCAUACCCGAUUCGAAACAUCCUGGAAGCGAGAAGACAAAGAACAGCGCAAUUCAGGGUAAGAAAAUGGUAAUUGUACCACAUAAGAUUCUUACAAAACCAUUUACUAAACUCACACUUAAGGAAUAUCUAAAGUUUAUUCUGAUAGUCGCCAAGAUAAUAAUCAAUUUUGAGAUGCUUCUGCGACAGACUGUUGACAAAGUACCUCGAACGAAAAGAAAAAAACCCACCAGCAAUUUGCUCAUGAGUACCUAUGGUCAGUCUCGAGCAGAAACCGACCCAGUUCGUGAAACAGAGGCGGCACCACAACUGUUCUAUGACUUCGGCAAAAUAUUGCUGAAGUUUGCAGAAAUGGAUGGGUACUUCAAGUUAGAGAUAGACAGUUUUGCUUAUGCUCCAAGCAAAGCCCAACCAGCCUCAUCUAUAAUUAAAGAGGCAUCUUCUCGGUCCACCAUACCUUCCUCUGCGCCUUUGAUGGAAGCUCAAGAACCAAGUCACCAUGCUUCAAACGCGAGCCUUCGCAGCUCUGAAAGCAGAUCAAGGCUACGAGAAUUCUACAGUAACUUCAUUGACAAGAAUUCCCGAAAGAGUCAAAAUUCUCGCCCAUCAAGAACCUCGUUAGAUAAUCAGGUUUAUGGGGCAGUUAGUGAUGGUUUUCUGGAUACCGACGAGGAUGAAAGCAAAGCCUCCACAGUGGACAGUGAUACACCUUUCAAAACCGGUUCAUCCUACUCUACCCAUACCGAGCCGCUAGAUAUCAAAGAAGUGAUAAAUGCCGUUCACAAUCAAGUUGCAAAUGGAAAGGGUGGCGGGAGAGGGAAUGGGGAAGGUGGUGAUGAGGCAGUGAAGAUUGCUACAAAGAGCAUAAUGAAAAAAACCCAGUCUCAGCUCUCAGACUGGGAUGUAGUGAGUCGUCUUUUUUAA